AGGAGGAGGGGGAGGAAGGGGGUCAGUCUGCGCCGACGGCAUGUUCAGAGGUCUCGGAGCCGCUAUAAAAUUACCCUCGCUCUCUCUUUUCUUUCCCUUUUUCUCUUCCUCCAAGAUUUUCUCGCGCAAAACUGCCCUCCCAAAGUUCUUUUUUCUUCGCAUAGCUUUCUCGCGGCCUGCUUUCCUUGGUACCCUCUCUCUCUCUCUCUCUCUCUCUCUCUCUCCCGCGUGGACGAGCGAGCGCGCAUACAGAUUCCUUUUUCUCUUUCUAGAGAUUAGGGUUUUCCACUCCGGUAUAUCCGGGGGAUCCCUGACCUUUCGUCGAACGAUUGGCUCUCUCUCUUCUCUCUCUAUCUCUCGGAUUCCUUGCCUAUACGCGUCUGAAUCGCUCGGAGUGACGUCACAGUGGGUGUUGUGUUCCUCAGAGACGGAGGGGCCUCCUUUCCUUUUUUGGGAUUUGGGACCUCUCCGAUGGCGGUCAUCUUGGCAUUGGUCCAUGGGAUCAGAUGCACAACCCCGUGGUAGUAGGGGUUUGGGCUACUGCUUUCCUGCCUUCGUGCGGUGCUCGCUUUCUGAGGGGAUCUACUCUUUCGUCGUUGUGGAUUUUGAGCUCUCAGGAGGGGAAGUCGCUUUUGUACCUUGUUAGCUUCGCGAAUUGUGGUGAUUCUCUUUUUCGGGUUUCUGGGAAUUGGGUGCGAGAAUGGGUUGGUUUUUGUUCUGUUUUUGUGUUUGUUUUUUUUCUUUUCUCUCUUGGGUGGUUUUCCCGCAUAAUUUAGGUUUUUCUUCUUCUUUUUUCUUUUAUGUGAAGAUCGAAGGAGAUCUUUGUGGGUUGGUUCUUCUUUGUUGAAAUCCUCUCGAGUUCCUCCAACCGUCUUCACUUCGUCUGCAUGGUGAAUUUCAUCCAUGGUGAUAUCGCGUGAUGGGAAGUGGAAUUGUGGUCUUAUUCGAUUACGCUUUCCCUUCCUCAAUGUGUAGAGGGAUCGAAACUUAGGAAAGUUCUUUUCAUGUUUUAGUUGCUCUCUGUAAGUUUUUAGUCAUUUUGGUAGCUAAGUAUGGGAAAGAUUCUAUAUGUUUUUUCCGGUGAUCCUUCGUCAAAUUUGGCCUCCUUGUUCUAUUUUUGUGUAGGCAUAUAGCAUAAUGAAUACUAUAUAUGAGAUUUCUGAGUAUGGGUCUUUGUGCUUGCUGCUUUCUCCUUGUUUGUAAGAUUUGAGGCUGUAAUCUUUGUUCUGGUUCCUGAUUCUUCUCUGAAACGAUGGAAACUUCUAGUCCCGCCUUUAACCUAACAGAUGGGCUUCUGGUCUUUGUAUCAGUUGUCUCAAAUUGCGGAGUUGUUCCAACGAGAACACAUUUUAACUCUUCAGCAUCUUAUUUUGUGAAGAAUACGAUAUAUUAAUUAUCCUUAUAUGUUAAUUGUUAUUUAGGCUUUUAUAAAUAACUACUUAUUCUGCUUUUCUCAUUGGAUUUCAGUGGCAUUCAGAUCGAACUUGUUGUUGCUUGCUUGCUGAAGAAUCUGGAGAUUUGUUGUAGCAUUGAUCUUGAUCGCCUGUGUUUGGAUCUAUCGGCUGCUUUUUAUCUGACUGUGUAGCUGGUGCAGGAGUGGGUCAAGACAUGGGUCGGACAGCAAAUGAGACCGAGGAUCUUUAUCUUACAAAGCAUCAGACCGAUUCACCAUCAGCUGAUGAUAGUGGGAGUAGUGGAGCCCCGGGGGGCGUAAUUCUGAAAAAAGGUCCAUGGACAGCUGCAGAGGAUGCCAUUCUGGUAGAGUAUGUCAAGAAACAUGGUGAGGGAAACUGGAAUGCAGUGCAAAAGCACUCAGGUCUUUUUCGAUGUGGGAAAAGCUGUCGCUUGCGGUGGGCGAAUCAUCUAAGACCCAAUUUGAAGAAAGGUGCUUUUACUCCUGAAGAAGAACGUCUGAUAAUUGAACUCCAUGCCAGAAUUGGAAAUAAAUGGGCCAGAAUGGCAGCACAGUUGCCAGGGCGAACCGAUAAUGAGAUAAAAAAUUACUGGAACACUCGAAUAAAGAGACGCCAACGAGCUGGUUUGCCUCUUUAUCCUUCUGAUAUGAAUCUGCAAACUAUAAAUGAGGGCCAGCAAAAUCAAAAUGUAAAUGAAUUCGGGGUGUUUGACACUGGUCAUCAAGGCCUUUUGCAUGCCAGUGGCUUUGAGAUUCCCCCUGUUUCAUUCGACAGCAUUAAAGCUGCUCAGGAGAACUUGCCUUACACACCCUCCUUUCCUGACGUCUCUGUGACUAACAUUCUUGGUCAGGGUCUGGGAUCCUCUCAAGGUUACAACUUUCUUAGCCCCCAGACUCACCGUGCCAAGAGACUUCGAGAUUAUGACUCCUCAUUUCCUAGUUUUCCUAGUGGGACAAACUGUUCAUUUCUAUAUGAUCCCCCAUUUAAUCAGUUCCAGAACGACACAUUCGAGAAGGUCCAGCGGCCCUUUUCCAUAAGUUUUCAGUCCAAUCCUGAUCCAAACAGAAGGAGUACAUCUCCUCUGGGGUGUAUGAUGUCCGGCAGCCAUGCCCUAUCAAAUGGCAAUUUCUCUGCUUCCAAGCCUCUCAAUGAGGUUGUAAAGUUGGAGCUCCCUUCAUUCCAAUAUCCAGAUACCAUUCUCAACAAUUUGGGUGCAAGCAUUCCUCCACUCCCGCCCCUGGAGACAGCUGUUACAUUCACCCAGUCUCCUCCAAUGAUGCAUGCACAGUCUGAUUGCUCGUCACCUCGGAACAGUGGUCUCUUACAGGCACUGAUUCAUGAGGCCCAAGCACUGAGCACCUCAAAGAAUCACUCCUGUGAAAGCAGUACCCAUUCUUCUGCAAUGCCUGGUGAGACUGCUGAUCGAUCUACCAUGAACCAAUGCGAUACAGAGUGGGCUGAACUCAGUGACUCUUUUUGCCAGACUCCUGCUUCUAUUUUUAGUGAAUGUAAUCCUCCUGCAAGUGGGUCAUUUAUAGCCUCCUCGCCUGUCAAUGAGAUGACUGGUACUACGAAGGUAGAAGCAGUUGAACAAAUUUCAAAUCCAAGUAUUGAGACUAAUGAGCUGGGGAUUGAUAUCCAUUUCACAAGGCCAGAUGAAUUACUUAUGUCAGACUGGUUUGAACAAAGUUCAGAAUGUGUAAAGGAACAGUCAAAUGUAACAGAUACCUUUGCAACAUUUCUUGGUGAGGAUUUUUAUAAUGACUACAAACAGCUAGACACUGAAUCUUCAGCAUUAAAUCAGUCCUGUGCACUUGGUUCUUUGCCUUGGAAUAAUAUGCCGGCUGUCUGCCAAAUGUCUGAACAACCUUGAGGGCUUGCAUCAAUCAUGUCAAGGAGGUCCAUCUAUGACAUGUAGGCUGGAACCAGUCAUUUGAUGAAAAUGGUGUUUUUAUAGCACCAUAAUGUCUUUGUGCAUUGUUUCAGUUGGUGCUUGUUUUGCAAGAGUUGCUUUUGGAAAAUCAUACCAAACGAUGCAGAAUGGAGAAAGUUACUGUGGCUAUGCAUGCACGGUGUCAUGAUUACAUUGCAGCAAUUGAUGCAGUUGUUUUAGCCAUUAUUUGAAAUUUCCUGGUCUUUUAUUUGAUGCACUAUCAUUGUCUUUCAAGUAUGAGUCUUUCUUAAGGUUUGUUCUGAGAGAAAUAAUCAGCAGAAAGUGUGCAUUUUGUUUGUCCUGUUUGAGGUUGAUGUCAUUGUUGAAUCAGAACUGUAUUGAAUUAUGACCUGAGAAAGAACUUCUACAGCAAACUUAUCCCAGCUUAUGCAGUUAUGCUCAAUUCUUACUAAAUGGUACUUUCUCACAGGGUUAUCUCUAUUUUUUUUGGUUGUGUCAAUUAUGAAAACUCUCUCUUUGGCCUCCGCUUCCCUCUUGUGUAUAAAAUAAGAUGGAAACAUUCUUUAUUGGUUA